AGCCUGGACCGAUCCGGAAGAACGGGGUCCUGUGGCUGUGCUGCCCCUCCCCUGGUCCCCGCGCGGCUCUGGGGUCCCGGCCUGGGUGCUGCCAGAGCCCCGGGAGGUUGAAGGCCAAGCAUGGGGAAGAGCUGCAAGGUGGUCGUGUGUGGCCAGGCAUCUGUGGGCAAAACAUCAAUCCUGGAGCAGCUUCUGUACGGGAACCAUGUAGUGGGCUCUGAGAUGAUUGAGACACAGGAAGACAUCUACGUGGGCUCCAUCGAGACUGACCGGGGGGUGCGGGAGCAGGUGCGUUUCUAUGACACCCGGGGGAUCCGAGAUGGGACGGAGCUGCCCCGGCACUGCUUCUCCUGCACCGACGGCUAUGUCCUGGUCUACAGCACAGACAGCCGGGAGUCCUUUCACCGUGUGGAGCUGCUCAAGAAGGAAAUCGACAAAUCCAAGGACAAGAAGGAGGUCACCAUCGUGGUCCUUGGCAACAAGUGUGACCUGCAGGAGCAGCGGCGUGUGGACCCAGAUGUGGCUCAGCAUUGGGCCAAGUCAGAGAAGGUGAAGCUGUGGGAGGUCUCUGUGGCCGACCGCCGCUCCCUCCUGGAGCCCUUCAUCUACCUGGCCAGCAAGAUGACCCAGCCCCAGAGCAAGUCCGCCUUCCCCCUCAGCCGCAAGAACAAGGGCAGCGGCUCCUUGGAUGGCUGAAGAGCUGCAUCCCUUCUUCACCUUCCCAGCCCCAGGCCAGAUUCUGGGGCUUUGGAAGAUGGGUUGAGGGGAAAGGGGAACUCCCUACGAGGGCAGGCAGCCGGGGCUGUUCCAGGCUCAGGCCACUUGUGCUCCCUCCCAAAUCCGGGAAAUGCAAAUAAUCUAGGUUAGUGCCCCCAACCUCUCCCUCCACCCCAGCUUUCAUCAUAUCUGCCCCUCUCUGACUUGGGCAGUUGUGGGUCAGUGUCCGUUCCACCUGUCCUGGACGGAAAGCAGAGCUGCCAUGCAAAAGCGCCCAGUCUAGGGUCUGGUUCUGAUCACGGGUCCCACGCCUCUAGGCUUCAGCCGCACACACAGACGCAUGCACACACGGCGCCGGCCUGGACUCUGGGGAGAGGGCGUCCAGGUAUCGUGUGUGUGCACAUACUGGCAUUAGGGGUGCCUCCUCACCCAGCACCCUGACCUUGCUCCUGGCCGUCCCUUGGCUGGCUGGAAGAAGCCAGCCUCUUGGGAAGUGUGAUUUUUCUGCUUGACCUCUUCCCGUCAUUGUCUCGCUUCUUCCUCCCACUUACAGGGCAGGUGGGCCCCAUGGGUUGAGUUGGAAUGGAAUGAUAACUGGGCUGAGUCCCCAACUGGCCUUGUGACCCAGCAAGGCUUUUCGCCUCUCUGAGCUUCAGUUUUCUCAUCUGUACGGUGACAGGAGUUUCCUUAGGUGACCUUUUAGAUCCUCUCCAGCCCUGUGACUUUUUAAAGCCCGUGCCUUCGGGCCAUCUGACUGUACGUACCCUUUGCUUCCCCCUCUUCAAGGUGCUAUGCCUACCUGCCCUGGAGGCUGGGACACUGCUCUCCAACAACCACCAGGGGGCAGGAGUGCACUCUCUAGUUGCCAGAAUGGCUGCUUGUGGCCAAUGGGGAACCUCAUGCCCAUGGUCGCUGGUCUUCAUCCCUUCCUGUGGUGGUUUUCAGCUAAUAGCUGGACUUUAUUUAUCAAUUUCCUGUUACAAAUGAGUAUGCUGCCAUGGUGAAGGCUGGACAAGGUGCUCCUCUAGCCCUUCUUACCUCAGAUGCCUCAACAGAACAAGGCAAACAAGGAGCAGCUUCUCGGGAGCUGACAGAUCUGUUGGGGCUCAGAAGGGUGGUUACACUCUCAACAUGCUGUAAAGUGAGCUUGUGACCCACAACUUUCCUGUGCCCACUUUGCGCUUCUAAUGGACACAGCCGGGCCACCUCCAGUGCAUGCCCCUCCUCGCCAAACCAGGAGGUGAGCAGGGCAGCGGCCCAGGGCCGGGCGAGGGAAGCCGGGCAUAUGCAGGCUCAGGCUUCAUGUUUGUUUAUUAAUGCAUCGGACACAAUAAAACCACAACUGUUAUCAAAAAA